GCAAUAUCUCCAAACCACAACUCGCACUUUAAUCUGAAGCAAAAUCUUCUUUCUCAGGAUGGCUGGUCUGAUGAAGUUGGCAUGCGUGGUUGUGUUAUGUGUGGCCUUGGUGGGUGCACCAUUGGCUGAGGCCAUCACCUGUGGCCAGGUCACAGCCAGCGUAGCCCCUUGCCUCGGUUACCUCCAGAGAGGCGGCGCCCCUCCUCCCGGCUGCUGCAACGGCGUCAGGAGCCUCGUCCAGUCUGCUCGCACCACCGCCGACAAGCAGACCGUCUGCAACUGCCUCAAGUCAACCGCCAGUCAAGUCCCCGGCUACAAUGAUGCGAACGCUCAGGCUCUUCCUGCUCGGUGCAGGGUCAGCGUGCCCUACAAGAUCAGCACCUCCACUAACUGUGCCACCAUCAGGUUCUAAAUCGAAUGAGGGAUGAUGAUGAUGAUGCAGAGGAUAGCGAGAAGAGAAUAAAGGAGGAGCAGUUAUCUAUAUAGGACUCAACCUAUAUGAGUCUAGCUAGUUUAAUUGUGUCCCCAUGCUCGGUUCUAUGGCUAUGUUUGAGAUCUAAGUAAUUAAUCACGUGUACGUUUCUUGUUGUGUCAUAAUAUUUGUGAUCAAUAUAUGGAUCAGUUUGGUUUGGUUGUUUCAUGCAUUAAUCACAUAUCGUCAAUUUUAUAUUCCGUCGUA